AUGAUUUGUAUUUUUCAUUUUUUUUUAAACAAAUUUUUGCAGGAGUGGUCACCUUCUCAUAACCUGAAAAGCCUGAGAAAGAAGCAGCUUGCAGCCCGGGAAGCCAUGGCCCGGCAGACAGUCGCAUCGGAUACUGAAGUUAGCAGCGUUGAAUCUUCUGUUAUCAGCUUGUUACAGGAAGCCGAAAGUAAAUCUGAGCUGAGCCAGAACAUUUCUGCCAGGGAGCACUUUGUGUUUACAGAUGCUGAUGGGCAGGUCUAUCAUCUCACAGUAGAAGGAAACUCAGUGAAAGAUAGUGCAAGAAUUCCUCCUGAUGGAAGUAUGGGUAGCAUUACAUGUAUUGCCUGGAAAGGGGAUACCCUGGUUCUUGGAGAUGUUGAUGGAAACUUAAACUUCUGGGAUUUGAAAGCCAGAGUAUCCAGGGGGAUACCUACGCACCGAAGCUGGGUGAAAAAGAUACGUUUUGCUCCAGGGAAAGGAAAUCAAAAACUUAUUGCUAUGUACAAUGAUGGAGCAGAAGUUUGGGAUUCAAAAGAGGUACAGAUGGUGAGCAGUUUAAGAAGCGGCAGAAAUGUGAAUUACCGAAUCCUGGAUGUAGAUUGGUGCACUUCAGACAAAGUGAUCCUGGCAUCAGAUGAUGGGUGCAUUAGAGUUCUGGAGAUGUCUAUGAAACCAUCGUGUAUUAGAAUGGAUGAACAAGACUUAUUAGAACCUGCAUGGUGUCCCUAUCUACUUGUUCCAAGGGCUUCCUUAGCUUUAAAAGCAUUCUUGUUGCAUCAGCCAUGGAAUGAAAAAUAUUCUCUGGAUGUUAUGAAUAUCGAUUAUCCAGAGGAUGAAAACAUCAAAAAUCUGAUUCAAGAGCAGCUGAAUUCACUGUCAAAUGACAUCAAGAAACUUCUGCUUGAUCCAGAGUUUACUCUUUUGCAGAGAUGUCUCCUAAUUGCCAGACUGUAUGGAGAUGAGUCUGAACUGCAUUUCUGGACCAUUGCUGCCCACUAUUUGCACAGUUUAUCCCAGGAAAAACCUGCAAAACCAACAGAUGCAGUUAUCCUUCAAGAACAGCUGGUCAAUCCAUUGGAUAUAUGCUAUGACAUACUAUGUGAAAGUCAUUACUUUCAGAAAUUUCAGCUCGAAAGGGUAAAUCUCCAGGAGGUGAAGAGAUCAACAUAUGAUCAUACCAGGAAAUGUGCUGACCAGCUUCUUCUCUUGGGCCAGACUGACAGAGCAGUACAGCUGCUGUUAGAAACAAGUUCAGAGAAUGCACAUUACUACUGUGAUUCACUCAAAGCUUGCUUGGUAACAACUGUCACAUCAUCAGGUCCGUCUCAAAGCACCAUCAAGCUGGUAGCAACCAACAUGAUAGCUAAUGGAAAGCUCUCAGAGGGUGUUCAGUUGCUGUGUCUGAUAGAUAAGGCUGCUGAUGCUUGUCGCUACCUGCAAACUUAUGGUGAAUGGAAUCGUGCAGCAUGGCUUGCAAAGGUUCGCUUGAACUCAGAGGAGUGUGCUGAUGUGUUAAAGCGUUGGGUGGAUCACCUUUGCUCUCCACAAAUCAACCAGAAGUCCAAAGCCAUUCUUGUCCUCUUGUCACUUGGAUGCUUUACAAAAGUUGCAGAGAUGUUGCACAGUAUGAGAUACAUUGAUAGAGCGGCUUUAUUUGUUGAAGCUUGUCUGAAGUAUGGAGCAUUUGAAGUCAAUGAUGAUACAAAUAAACUGAUCCAUGCUGUCUAUGCAGAUUAUGCCAGGGGCUUGAAGCUCCUGGGCUUUAGGCAAGGAGCUAUUUUCUAUGCCUCAAAAGCAGGAGAAGCUGGUAAAGAUUUAUUGGUUGAGCUCAAACAGCUUAAAGGGGAAGCGAUGGAAGCGACAGAAGAGUAACAAUUCUAUAUUUACUGCUAAGAGGAGUUUUUCUAUCAGACUGGAUUGUCCAUCAGAUUGAUAUUCCACUGUGUGAAAAUGCGCUUUCUCUUGAAUCACUGUAAUAGCUCAUGUGUGAUUUGAGCAAAUAAUGUUAAAUGCGUGAGGAGACACAUUUAAGAACUGUUUUGUUUGUUCUUAAAUUGUCUACAUUUUCAAGAGAGAAGGAAAAAAGGCUAUGAUAAAAUUAUACAUGAAUAUUUUCAGCUUUUUCAACUGUAGCAGAAAUCAAACUGAACAAAAUGCUGAAAGCAUUCCAUACCCGUGCAAGAGCCUACUCCAUUUACUUCCAAAAAUCAAAUCUUUAUAGUUCUUCACUACUGUUGUAUUUAUAUGUAUAAAUGAUUCAGUCUGUACUAUAAAAAAUGUGAAUUUAUGUAAAGAAUAAAUAUAGAUCACAAAACACACACAGAUCAUUCCUGGAAAGUUGUUUUCUCAAAUCCAAUUUUUCUCUUUAAAAUUACUGUUAUUUUACAUGAGUUCCCUUUGUUGUCUUUUUCAUACCAGGAUGGAAUGGAAUCUUUAACAGACUUACUUAUGAAAGAUUCCUAACAAUCCAGAAACCUCUGACAUGUCAUCUUUUUCAAUUAAGAUAUUGUUAUAUUUGGUGUCAUUCGCAAUUGAGCACUGCCUGCACACCUUAGGGACUAAAUUCUGCCUUGUCUUGACUGUUUAAUGGGAUCAAAGGAUGGGAAAAUUAUCCUACCUCAAAAAGUAGUAAGGUGGGCUCCUCAAAUGUUCAGAAGGAUGCUAAUGCUCUCUCUGUAGUUACUAUUUUGUAGGGUAUUUCAAUGUGUCCUGAAUUAAGAGGUGGAAAGAACAUUGGAUGAAGCAAAAGAUGUUUUUUUUUUCAUUACUUUAUAUGAUAUCAUAUCUUGUGGUCCAUAUACUUAGGGGUGCUACUGAAAGCAUCUCUCUUCACUUUUGUGCCAGUAUUUCAGCAGGAAAACAGCUUCCCACAGUAUUUUAGUGUUGAUAUAUUUGUUUUCAUUGUUGUUCCUCACGUUAGAAAUGUCUUUUCUAUUUAUUACUGUUUGACUGAGAGAUUUUGCAGCUGAAGAGUGGAUGCUAAUGUUAGACUGCAUUUGCAAAUGGAAGACUGUGGCAUGUGAAAAUAAGUCUUGGCUGAAAAGGCUAAUUAUUUAAAGGAAGUUGUUGGAGCUGCUGAAGUUCAGUAUGCAGUAGUGAGAAGAAUCAUAUCGUGUAAGAAGUUUCCCACCUGAAUGUAAUUCAUGACUUUACUACUUAAAGUAAUUGUGUCUUUGAUUCUUCUUAUGCUUGAAGAUUUGUAAAUGCGUAUCCAAUAUUCCUUCUUAGAGGAGCAUUAGCUUCAUUACCUCUCUUCAACUCUGGAAACCUUUUAAUUAAAAUCUAGCAUAGCAUUUCUGAGAACACACUGAAGGUUCGGAUUUUCAAUACUGAUGUUUUUUGUACAAGUUGAAAAUGUUUCAUUGCUCUAAAAGUGAAUGUUUUAUAUAGAUAAGAUAACGUAUCUUACAUAGAUUGUCCCACAUCUUAUAUACAUCAUUAAAGAUGUUCAGUGUCUUACGAAUGAUACUUACAUACUUGCUUGGGAAAACAAGUAUACAAUGAAAUUUGCCUUAAGUAUUAGCUGGUGAGCAACAAAGUUAAGCAAAAUUAAAUGUCUUUAUCAGUGGGCUAAAUUCAGGCUGGCAUCGACUACAACAGCACUCCUGAGUUCCUCUGCUU